CAGAAAAGAUGAAGGUGCUCGUAGCCAAGGUGCUGUGUCUCCUGGGGGUGUUUGUGCUCAUGCUGGGCGGCUCGCUCCUACCGGUGAAGAUCAUUGAGGCCGACUACGAGAAGGCUCAUCGCUCCAAGAGGGUCCUCGCCCUUUGCAGUUCCUUUGGAGGGGGCGUCUUCCUGGCCACCUGUUUUAACGCGCUGCUUCCUGCCGUGCGGGAAAAGCUCCAGGAGGUCCUGAAGGGCGGGGGCGUGACCACCGACUACCCCCUGGCCGAAACCAUCAUGCUGAUGGGCUUCUUCCUGACCGUCUUUCUGGAGCAGCUGAUCCUGACCUUCCGGAAGGAGAAGCCGUCCUUCAUCGACCUGGAGACCUUCAACGCCGGCUCGGACGUGGGCAGCGACUCCGAAUACGAGAGCCCCUUCAUCGAGACCUCCUGGGGGCGGCACCACCCUGGCGAGCAUGGCCCCCACUCCCAUGGCCACGGCCUGAACGUCCAGGAGCUGUCCCGCUCCAGCCCGCUGCGCCUCUUCAGCCUGGUCUUCGCCCUGUCGGCCCACUCCAUCUUCGAGGGCCUGGCCCUGGGCCUGCAGGAGGAAGGGGACAAGGUGGUGAGCCUCUUCCUGGGUGUGGCCAUCCACGAGACGCUCGUGGCGGUGGCCCUCGGCAUCAACAUGGCCAAGACCGCCCUGCCGAUGAAGGACGCGGCCAAGCUGGCCAUCGUCGUCAGCGCGAUGAUCCCGGUGGGCAUCGGGGUCGGCGUGGGUAUUGAAAGCGCCCGGAACGUGGCCAGCAAUGUGGCCUCGGUGCUCCUGCAGGGCAUCGCGGCGGGCACCUUCCUCUUCGUCACUUUCUUCGAGAUCCUGGGCAAGGAGCUCGAAGACAAGAGCGACCGUCUGCUCAAAGUCCUCUUCCUGGUGCUGGGGUACACCGCCUUGGCGGGGCUGGUCUUUUUCAAGUGGUGA